CAGAAAGAGGGAGCAGAGAGAGACUCCGAGACAGACGGAGCAGAGAGAGAAGGAGGGUCCAUUCCUCCGAGAGAAGACAUCCAGGACAACUGCAGGGAGCAGAGCCAGUCCCCCCCCAGUCCUCCUCUGGGACAGGGUGUGCCCGGCUAUGCCAUGCUAGCUCAGAGAAGCGGUCUGUCUGCCGGCCGUGCCAAGGUGUCCGUUCCUCUCCGGGAGCACCCAGCCCUGGGCCAGCUGGAGGCGGGGGGCCCUCGCUCCCGCUCCCCUUCCCCAGCGACGGGGGCCUGUCCCUGGGCGCGCCUGGCCGGCGUGGACGGCUGCCUGUCGGAGCCCCACUGCCUGUGGUUCCAGCUGCUGGCUCGCUCCUACUGGGGAGACGUGGAGCUGGGGCUCGCCGGCGUCCAGCACGGCGUCUCCUGGGCGAGGCUCCGAGAAGCUUCCGGAAGGAACUGUGUUCGCUCCAGGGCCAAACAGAAGGGUGAGCGUGGUGACCAGAGCGAGGCGUCGGCGUCUCCGGGGACCGUGGAGGAGGAGGCGUUCUCCUGGCCGGGCCCCAAGACCCUCCGCCUGCGACGCACCUCGCUGGGCUUCGGCUUCACCCUCCGACACUUCAUCGUCUACCCCCCCGAGUCGGCCGUCCACUCCUCCCUCAAGGAUGAGGACAACGGCAGUCGAGGGAGACAGCGGAACAGGCUGGAGCCAAUGGACACAAUCUUCGUCAAGCAGGUGAAGGAGGGAGGCCCCGCCCACGGAGCUGGACUCUGUACAGGGGACCGUAUCGUCAAGGUGAAUGGAGAGAGCAUCAUUGGAAAGACGUACUCCCAAGUGAUAGCCUUGAUACAGAACAGCGACACCUCAUUGGAGCUCUGUGUGAUGCCAAAGGAUGAGGACAUUCUGCAGCUGGCCUACUCUCAAGAUGCAUACCUCAAAGGAAACGAGGCGUACAGCGGGAACGCCCGGAACAUCCCCGAGCCUCCGCCCAUCUGCUACCCGAGGAUAGAGACCAAGGCGUCGGGCAUGGCCCAGGCCCCGGACGCCUCCCCCUCCCCCGUGGCGGCCCAGGGCGCCAGCAGGCGGCCGCCGUCCAAGCCCAGUCCCUCGGAGGCGGGCUACCGCCUGGAGGUCCCCGUGCCCCCGUCCCCCCCGGCCCCCGUCCCCCCCAAGACCCAGACGGUGGCGUGCGUGUGCAGUGAGGGCGUGAGGACGCCUCUCUCCGCGUCUCCAGGCCCGGUGGACAGAGGCUCCCACUCGCUGCGGGCCGGACCCAGCCACAGGACAGAGGAGAACCGGUACCCUGGAUCCCCGGAGUCCGCCUCGGCCAGACCCAGCCCUCUCCUGGGGAAACCAGGGAGCCCCUCCCUGCUCCCUUCCUCCCCAGGGUCCAGGCCCGUCUACCCUGACACGCACCCCUCGCCCUCCCCCUCCUCGCUCCGAACCCCGGUCACGCCCGCGGGGGGCGACGCCUUCACCCCGACCCCCUCGCCCUCCCUCUACUCCCCCUCCCCCGCCACGCCCACCCCCUCCCCCCACAAGAACAUCGACUGGCGCAACUACACCACCUACAAGGACUACAUCGACGCCAGGCGGCUGCACACCUACGGCUGCCGCACCAUCCAGGAGCGCCUGGACAGCCUGCGGGCCGCGGCCAAUCCCAACGCGGCGUACGCCCAGCAGGCCCCGCCCCCCGCCGGCGCCCAGCAGCGCGUGGCUUUCGGGUCGCAGUUCAGGCGGAGGAGCGCCUCGCACGACCGCGGGGCCUGGGCGGGGUUGGGCGGAGGCGUGGCCGUGCCGCUCCGCUCCGCCUCCCAGGAGAGUCUGGGAGGGGCCGCGGUGGACCCAGGAGCCACGCCCAUAGACUGGUCCCGGAGCUCCUCCCAGGACGCCCUGCCCUGCUCCGCCCCAGCGGGAGGGCCCAAGCCACGGGCUCGCUCCUGCGACUACCUGGGCCGGCAGGGGGAGGCUGGGGGCGCGGCUCCCGGGGAGAGAGGGGGCAUUGGGGGACGCUCCCAGCUGGAAGACAGGCUGCUGCUGUUCCGGGGGGAGGAAGCCAGAGCCAGCAGACAGGGGGCCGUCCUCAGAGCUCCGCCCCAGCCACACAGGACCUCGGCUGGGGUGGAGGCGGAGGGGAGAGGGGGUGCUGGGGCGGGGUUGGCGGUAGUCGCUCCGGCGUUCUCUAAAGGUGCCUCGGAGCCUGCGUUAACCUCCAGGACGGACAGCCUGACCCACACAGCCUUGCCUGCUCCCAGCAGGCCCUCUCGACUGCCCGUCAAGAGCUCCCCUGCGGACCCCUCGCCUGCCUUAUCCCCCGGCAACACCCCCGGCAACAGCAAGACCACAGACCCGCUCAAAGACCAAAGACACAUCGCCACGGGCAACCACCUGGGCCACGCCUCGCCCCUGCAGCGCCUCCACCUCCGUGGGCGGGCCGACAGCCUGCAGGAGGGCAGGCAGGGGGCGGGGCUCGGCCUCAGGUCCUCCUCCUGCUCUGGCCCCUCCAAGACCCCCGUCCAGAAGCAGCUGCAGGCCGCCCCCGCCCCCUCCGCCCCCAACGGAGCCCUGACCCUCAGGCCAAAGGUCAAAGAGGGCGGCUCCGCCCUCCCCGUUCGAACCAAUGGGAGUCCGGGGGAGGGCGUGGAGGGCCUUGACGCCACGGUGGUGGUGUUGAGGAGGGAGCGGCUCUCCGGGCCGACGCCCCUCAGACACCCCUCCUACAUCCUGGCCGUCAACGAGCACGAGGGCGGGGCGGCGGCGCGCCCGCCAUCCAGGGUCCUGGAGGCCGGGGGGUCGUGGCUGGCGGGGGAGGCCCAGGGGGAGGGGCCGGGGAGGAGGCUGGCCGACCAGAAGAAGGCGUCCUGGUCCAGUAACCUUGGCGACUCGCUGGACUCCAUCCCCUUCAUCGAUGAACCAUCCAGUCCCAGCAUGGAUCUGGAGGCCACUCACAUCACGGCGUCGGCAGUGAUAUCAGGAACCCCCGUCAUCACCACCAUCUCCCCCAGCCCCACGUCGCCCUCCCCUCUCAUUCGUCGACAGCUGUCACAUGACCAAGACUCUAUGCGGCUCACAAUCAUUGAGUCGGAUUCUGGCACCAAAACGGAGCGCUCCAAGUCCUGUGACGAGGGCCUGGAUAACUACCGCGAGGAGGGCCUAGGGAGGUCCAUACAAGAGGUCCCUGGGCUGAAAGGUCUGAGAAAGGCAGUGGACCGGUCUUCUGAAGACUCUGGAUCCAGGAGAGAUUCUUCCUCAGAUAUCUUCAGCGACGCCACCAAGGAGGGCUGGCUGCACUUCAAGCAGCUCAACUCGGACAAGAGCAAGCGGGCGGGCGGAGGGAUGCGUCCGUGGAAGCAGAUGUACGCCGUGCUGCGAGGCCACGCCCUCUGCUUGUACAAGGACAAGAAGGAGGGGCUGGCCCACGCCAACGCCCAGGCCGAGGCGGAGCCCCAGCCAAUCAGCAUCAAGGCCUGCCUGAUUGACAUCUCCUACAGCGACACGAGACGCAAGAACGUGCUGCGCCUGACCACGUCGGACUGCGAGUUCCUGUUCCAGGCGGAGGACAGGGAGGACAUGCUGGCCUGGAUCCGGGUCAUCCAGGAGAACAGCAACCUGGAUGAGGAGAACUCCGUCUUCACCAGCCGGGACCUCAUCAGUCGCAAGAUCAAAGAGUACAACACCUUGAUGAGUCCGACGGGCAGUAAGACGGAGCCUUCUCCCAGGCCGUCACGUCAGUCUCUCAGCAUCAGACACACCCUGCUGGGGGGGAAGCCAUCCUCCAGCCCCCUCUCCCCCAACACAGAGGACAGGAGGAACAUGCACAAAGAUGACACGAGCCCGCCCAAGGACAAGGGGACGUGGAGGAAGGGCCUCCCUGGGCUGAUGAGGAAGCCCUUUGAGAGGAAGGCCUCUCCAGGGGUCACCUUCGGGGUGAGGCUGGACGACUGCCCCCCUGCCGUCACCAACAAGUUUGUCCCCCUGAUCGUGGAGGUGUGCUGCCACCUGGUGGAGGAGCGAGGCCUGGAGUACACGGGCAUCUACAGGGUGCCUGGCAACAACGCCGCCAUCUCCAACAUGCAGGAGGAGCUCAACAACAAGGGCAUGAACGACAUCAACAUCCAGGACGACAAAUGGAGGGACCUGAAUGUGAUCAGCAGUUUGCUCAAAUCCUUCUUCCGAAAACUUCCAGAACCUCUUUUCACUAAUGAUAAAUAUGCAGAUUUCAUAGAGGCCAACAGAACCGAGGAUCCAGUAGAGAGACUGAAAGUGUUGAAGAGGCUGCUCCACGAGUUACCAGACCACCACUACGAGACCCUCAAGUUCCUCUCAGCCCACCUCAAGACUGUGGCGGAGAACUCGGAGAAGAACAAGAUGGAGCCCAGGAACCUGGCCAUCGUGUUUGGCCCCACCCUGGUCAGGAGCUCUGAGGACAACAUGACCCACAUGGUGAUCCACAUGCCUGACCAGUACCGCAUCGUAGAGACCCUCAUCCAGCACUACGACUGGUUCUUCACAGAGGACGGUGAUGGAGAGCCUGUGACGUUGUCCCGGCAGGAGAGCGCGGUGGAGUCUCAGCCGGUCCCCAACAUCGACCACCUGCUCACCAACAUCGGCCGGACGGCAGCCUCGCAGGGGGAAGUUUCAGAUUCACCGACUAGUGACUCAGCAAAGUCUAAGGGCUCCUGGGGCUCAGGGAAGGACCAGUGCAGCCGAGACCUCCUGGUCUCCUCCAUCUUUGCUGCAGCCAGCCGCAAACGAAAGAAGCCCAAGGAGAAGCCGCAGCCUAGCAGCUCCGACGACGACCUGGACGGCGUGUUCCUCCAGAAGGAGCCUGCCGGAGCCCAGCAGGACCACCAGGAGCCCCGCGCCGGGCCGGACCACAAGACACGCGCCCAGGAGAAGGACGCCAGCUGGGGAGCCGCCGUGGAGCUCACGCCCAAACCCAGGAAGGAGCAGCGGAACUCCUUCUUCCUGAGGGACAGGCCCUCUUCCAGGCAGCCGUCGCCGGCUCCCUCCCCCCCGCCCAAACCGUCGGCCUCCCCCAGCCCGCGCCUGCUGUCCCUGGGGAAGUCCUCCCUGUCGGACCCCCCUUCCCAGCUGGAGGACACAUCCGACUUGGGCACCAUCAGCUCCGGGGCCUCGGCUCCCAGGGCGCGACCCAGGAAGUGGAUCUCCGGCGCGGCUCCGGACCUGGCAGGGGCGGGGCCGGGGGCUUCCGCCGGGGCGGAGGUGAGCUCCAUCACCUCGGACUACUCCACCACCUCCUCCGUCACCUUCCUGACGGGGGCGGAGUCGAGCGCGCUCAGUCCCGAGCCGCAGGGCGGCGAGGAGGCGGACGACGAGCGCAGCGAGCUGGUCAGCGAGGGCCGGCCCACCGAGACUGACAGCGAGAGCGACUUCCCCGUGUUCGCCCACGCUGGGGGCGGAGCCCGCUGCGCCUCCGAGCAGAUCCCCACUGAGCGCGUGCGGGAGGGGCCUCAGGCUGCGGCGGCUGACGGGAGCGGCGGCACCCCCAAACAGGAAGCCCGCCGCCUGCUCCCCACCCACAGGCUGAUCGAGGGCGACACGCUCGCCCGGAGGCGCUCGCUGCGCCAAAAGACGGACAGCGACUCGUCGGCGGAGGGCGGGGCCGGCGGCGGCGGCGAGGGCCGGGCGGAGGCGUCCACGCGUCUGUCCCGCGUCCUGGAGGUGAUGAAGAAGGGCCGCUCCACCGGCAGCCUCAGCUCGUCCUCCCGCAGCGAAUCAGAGCGCCCGGAGCCCGCCUGGCACCUGAAGAUCACCGAGAGGCUCAAGCUCCGCAUGCGCUCGUCCGCCGACGACAUGUUCGGCAUGGGCGCCCAGAGGAGCCGCGCCGCGCCCGACGCCCGCGGCCGCAAGAAGAGCCUCCGGCGCCGGCACACCAUGGGGGGCCAGCAGGACUUUGCGGAGCUGGCCGUCAUCAACGACUGGAGGGAGCAGGGCGGGGUGGACCAGGCGGCAGAGCUGUCGGCCGUGGACCGCCUCAGACCCAAGUGCUCCUCCCAGGACUUCUCCAUCCGAGACUGGAUCGCCCGCGAGCGCUGCCGGGCCGGAGCCCCCGACUUCAGCCUGGACGAGGCCCCCAGGGCCGUCCCCGAGGACGCGGGGGGUUUGGGCCCCGAGAGGCCCUCUCCCUCAGCCUCCCCAGGCCCCCAUUCUCUGCCGGGGGACAGGGUGAACGGAGGUGGAGCCGGGCUGCAGGGGAAAACCAAAGCCAGCCAGAACCUGGUGACGGACGCACACCCACACAAACUGUCUGGAGCGCAGGUGGUGCGCUCACGGUUUUACCAGUACCUGUGAACCCACAACGGCGUGUGAGGAGAGAGAGUGCAUGUGAGGAGAGAGAGAGCGAGAGUGAGAGUGUGAAACACAACGGCGUGUAAGGAGAGAGAGUGCAUGUGAGGAGAGAGAGAGCGAGAGUGAGAGUGUGAAAAGAUUGAAUGUAGAUAUUUUAGCUAUGGUUACUGCACAAUAUUUUUUUUUACAAAUAUAAAUAUAUAUAUAUAUACUGUAUAUAUACUGUACAUAGUGUGUAUAGUCUCCUAAGAAAUGACGUUACUGGAGCAAAGCUAGGAGGUGUGUUUGUCAUCUCAUGCUUCUUCACUUGACUAAACUGGAACAGACAUGAAACAUGCACUUCCUCCUCCUGAGAUCGACCCCCAGCAUCAGGGCUCGGAAUACAACCAGAAGAAGAAGUAUAAUUGCUGGUUACUUGUGAAUGUUUGAAAACCCCCUUUGUUAGAAUAUGAGUCAACAGAGAGUGUUGAAACAGCUCACUGUGCAUUAUUACUGGAGAAGGCUUCUCAUUGGCUCAGCAUGAGGAAGCCCUUCAUCUCUGACAUCCCAGUUCAGUUCUUUACAAUGUUACUGAUAUGGAGAAUGUAUUAUUGCUCUUUUGACUAACACUAUUAGUUGCUUGCGCUCAUUUUAAACCCUACAUGUACAUAUUACUUCUGUACCUGAAGUACGUUUUCUAUAUUUGAGAGCUGCUUUCUGAGCAGGUUGCUGCAGGAAAGGGUUUUUAAGUGGGGUUUUCUGCAGUGGACAUUUAUAGCCAGGUAUUUAGCUUAAGGGGUCGGGGAGCUGUAGUGGUUUAAUCAAACACGUAAUGAGAUCCAGUGGUGUUGUACUGAGGUGUUAUGCUCCAGUCUUGAUUGGUACUACACCUUGUAUUCCCCCCCCCCCCCCCCCCCCCCCCCCCCCAAGUCCUAUUAUAGUUCGAAAAUAGUACUAGUUUUUAUGAACCAUAUUUCAUUCCUCAUAGAAGAAAAAAAAGUGCCUCUUUUUAACUGAUUUCCAUGGAUAAGGUGCCAUGCUUUUUUCCCCACAAUUGUCUUUUAAGACAUGACUGAAUUUCAAAGGAAUCUUUAAGGAAAAUACUCAAUGGAACACCACCGUCAUCAAAUCUAUGCUUCCAAUUCUAAGGCAUUCCAGUCUUUCUUAGGUCUCUGGGUCCCUGUUUCACCACAGCUUUGGAAGGUUUGUCUGUAUCUCCUUUCCUCUGAAUGUGUUUGUUUUCCUUUGUAUUUUUCAAUUGGAGUUAAAAGCAUGGGUUCUUAUGACCUCUAAGAUACUUGGACAAAUGUUCAUCUCUGAAAACAGCAUGAAACCUGGACAGUAAACAUCAUGCUUGUGUACAGCAACGUAAGGGUGUCAAGGCCACCCUCAAGAAACACUGGAAAUAAAUCGACUUUAUUUGA